ACGUACAGUAGCUAACCGAUAGCUGCAAGAUAUUGAGGCGGUGCAGAUAAUACGGUCUAGCUAAGGACAUUUCCACAUUAUUUGAAUUCCAACCAUGUCAUGCUAAAAAUAAGAUGGAGCUGAGCAGACGAAAAGUUCCUCUUUAUGGCCAGGCGAAGGUGUUUGCAUUGCUGGAGGGUCUAGAUGCAAUGCCUGGAGAUGUGGAGGUCUUCAUUGUUCUGGAAGGGUCCACCUUGCUCCACUUCAUCAAAGCUCUGAGCGAUGUCAUGCUCUGCUUUAUAGUGCCUGGACACAACCUGGCUGAGGUGGUGUCUGUCCAGGCAUACCUGUGCUCCGAAACGACACCUCUCACCUGCCUGGGAGGAGCUACUCUUGAGUACGUCCAAGAUGACGCUCAGGACCUGGCAGAGCACCUUGUGACCCACGGACAUCGGCUCAGCUCCAUGGAUCACAAGGAGCUGAGCAGCGUCUUCCGCCUGGGCCAGAGGAGCUGCCGCUGGGCUAUGGAUCAGUUGGUUGCCCUGGCCAUGGCCAACCUGGACAUCCCUCAGAGCUGGAAUGUCCUGGGCAGCCCCGGCGGAGAGGUGUACCGUCCCAGAGAGUCGCCCCUCCACCUGGCAGUGCGCUGGGGCCUGGUUCGGCUGGCAGAGUUCCUUCUGUGUCAGCCGGGGGGGCUCAUGGCAGUUCUCCUUCCCAACGAGGACGGCGUCACGCCCCUGCAGCUCGCCCAGUUGGCCGGCAACGCCGAGCUCCAGGACCUGCUCGAAAACCCCCCAAACCCUCUGUCCACGCCGCCGGCCGGCCUGACCCAGGUGUGGGCCGGCCCGGGUCGCCUGCUGAGGUUCUGCCACGACACGGGGACCCUGUCCCUGACGGUCCGACAGAACGGCAGGAGGAACUCGCGGCAAGAACUCCACGCAGACAUCCUCCUUCUCCGGGAGAGGUUCCGGGACGACCAUUUCCUCAAGGAGAUCAGAGGACUGAGGAGAAUGAACACGGGGACUGUCUUAGAGAAGGAAGAAAGCGUGGUCAAUCCUGCAGAAAAUGGUAUGUGUCCCUAUGUAAGCGAAGAUAUCUCAGCCUUGGCAGGAAAUGACUGUGAGGAACCACUCAUGUUCUGCCUGAAUGGGGAAGACGAAGAGCGGUCCCCGACGCAGUCUGAUUCCGAGAAAGGCCAGCCGAUAAGGAAGCACCCGACCCCGUGCUCUACCUCGGCCGCGGCCGCCAGACUGUCGGCCAUGAUACACGGCAAAGACCGAGUGUACGCCAACGCCAUGCUGGUGGACCAGGUGGACGAUGUGGACAUAAAGUACCGCUCUCCAGGGCAGCAGGAGGAGGAGGAGGAGGAGGAGGAGGAAGAUGGGUUCGGCUGUGAGACCCAGGCGGGCAGCCCCGGUGGGGGUUCGCCGUUCUCCAGGAGCCCCCCGGUCGCCGGACGCCUGUUCACACCCCUGGAGAACGGAGACGGGGGACCGCCGCAGCCCCCCGUCGGGACGCACCACAGGACGCUGUCCUCCCCCGCGGCCUCGCCCCGCUCUCCCUUCGCCUCCUCCCCGUCCCUUCCUUCCUCCCCGCUGGCCUCCGCCUUCCGCCUGUUCGAGGGACACCGGCGGCAGACCAAGCCCAGUGCGCCUCUCUCCCCCGGGCUGCACCACAGGGGCGUCAGCCUGCCAGAGACGGUCCGGAGUUUGAGCCCCAGUGUGGAGUGUGGGAGUGGUGACGAAGACAUCCUGUGCCACUCCUACCCUGUGGUGUGUCCAAGGCAGCAGCCCAGCGCCCCCGCCGAGGACAAGGGCUCCGGCGAAACGUUGCAAGACUAUAACCAGUCGCUCCCCGACAGCACGCACAGAUCAACCCAGUCCCAGGAGGGCGAAGCUGAGGUUCGUCUGCGCUCCUAUUCCUACUCCUCCCCCAAGGCCAAGCCGACCAGGCCCUUGCUAAACCGAGAGGCAGCCAUCUCUGACCUGGCAGAAGAGCAGAGAGCCUACAGCCUGACGGAGACAAACAGAGACAAGAGGAUUCUGGGUUUCCGUAAGCGGGCCCAAUCCGCAGAGGAGGAGGGCAGCACGUCCAUCCAACAUCUUACCCUAACCGAGUUCCUCCAAGAGAUCGAGGACGAGGAGGAUUGGGACAAGUACAUAAUCCCCUCCAAGGUCGAGUCGGAGAAGUACAAGGUCAGCCGCACCUUCAGCUUCCUGAAGAGCAGGAUGUCGAGCACACGCAGCAAGGCCAAGGUGAAGGAGAAAGAGGUGAAGGAGGGAAAGCAGAAGACCGGAGGUGCUAAUGGUCACCAGUUUGUGGCGGCCAGUGGCCCCCCGGGCCCUUCAGUCUGCGUGGCCUGUGACCGGCCCGUUCCUGGGAAGGACCUUCUGCAGUGCUUCAACUGUUCCCUGAGCGUCCACAAGAGCUGUCGAGAUUCCGUACCUCCCUGUGGAAAGAAGCCGCAGGACAAGAAUGCACUGUCGACAAAGGGCAAGGCCUCCACUCUCCCACAGAACUCUGCAAAGGACACUUCCUCAUCCCUCUCUUCCUCCCCCUCCUCCUCCUCCUCUCUCAACACAGCAGCCAGAGAGAAGAGGGAGACGGCUGCGCUCUCCAAGAGCCUCUCCAUCUCCACAGACUGCAGUCGGCGUCCGAGUGACGUAGCGGGCGUGGACGGUGAGGCCGCAGCGGCUUCUCUAAGCCGGAGCUCCCUCUCCGAGGAGACCAUGCAGACCGCGUCGACACCCCCGUCAAGCGACCCCGUCGCCGCCGCCGCCGCCACAGAAGAACCAGUGGACACGCCCCUGUUCAGUGAGCUGUCAGCCGUGCUGCUGGGCCUGGAGGUGGAAUCCUGGAGUCUGGCAGUGAGCUCAGAGUACUGCCGGCUGCACGACAAACGCACCAUCAAGCGGCAGGACGUCAUCUACGAGCUGAUGCAGACGGAGCUGCACCACAUCCAGACGCUGACCGUCAUGGCGGAGGUGUUCCGGCGGGGCAUGCUGGAGGAGCUGCAGCUGGACUGGGCCUGCGUGGCGCGGGUCUUCCCCUGCCUGGACCCCCUGCUGCUGUUCCACAGGAACCUGUUCGGGGCGCUGCAGGAGCGCCGGCACGCCAGCUCCCAGGCCCACCAGCCCCGCGACUACCUGAUCCAGAACAUAGGGGACCUGCUGCUGCAGCAGUUCUCGGAGGAGAAUGCGGAGAAGAUGAAGCAGCUGUACGGGGACUUCUGCAGCCACCACACGGAGGCGGUCAACCUCUUCAAGGAGCUGCAGCAGCAGAACAAGAAGCUCCAGCUCUUUGUCAAGCAACAGAGCAACAAGUCACUGGUCAAGCGGAGGGAGGUGCCAGAGUUCAUCCUGCUGGUCACGCAGCGCAUCACCAAGUACCCAGUACUGCUAGAACGGAUACUGCAGUACUCGCAGGAGGGCAGCCAGGACUACGCCGACCUGUCGCGGGCGCUGUUCCAGAUCCGGGACAUCAUCACGGCGGUGGACCUGAGCGUGAGUCGCUUCGAGAAGGACCAGGAGCUGCAGGAGGUGCUGGGGCGCCUGGAGAACAAGAGCCUGGCCAAGCUGAAGAACGACAAGGUGUUCCGCAAGCAGGACCUCCGCAGCCCCCAGCGCGGCCUGCAGCACAAGGGCCUGGUCUACUGGAAGACCGCCACGGGACGGCUCAAAGACACGCUGGCUCUUCUGCUCACCGACGUUCUGGUGUUCCUGCAAGAGAAGGACCAACGUUAUGUGUUUGCUGCCGUGGACCAGAAGCCGCCCGUCAUCCCCCUGCAGAAGCUCAUCGUCAGGGAGGUAGCCAAUGAGGAGCGAGGGAUGUUCCUGAUCUCCGCCUCCUCCGUGGGGCCCGAGAUGUACGAGGUUCACACGGCGACCCGGGAGGAGAGGAACGCGUGGAUGCGACACAUACGCCACGCUGUGGAGAGCUGUCCUGAGGAAGAGGAGGAGGAGGAGCGCAGCACUGAGUCAGAGGAAGCCAGGCGAGCGUCCGAGGCCAGAGUACAGAAGAUUCAAAAGUUCCAAGAGUCUCUACUGAGCCAGGACCAGCAGAUAUGCAGCACCCUGGAGGAGAAGUUGCAGCUCUAUGCCGAGCUUACGGAGCUAACGCUUGGACCGGGAGAGCCAGUGACACAGCGCCAUCUGCUGGUGUCGCCCGAGACUGACGCCGACACACCAAGACAGGCUUCCACACUUCUUACAGCCGCUGUGAAAGAGGCGGAGAGGCUGUUGAAUAUUCUGCAGGCUGGGGAGGCCUUUUCCAGCCAGGGUCCAGAGAACUGCAGCUAUAACAGCCACGGCAGUAUCCAGGAGUCUCCCUCUGAACCGGAUUAUCUGAGCACGCUCAGCGUGAGCUCAACCUCCCUGAUGUCCGAUGGCGACUGGCCAGGGCCUGACGGAUUAUUGUGCAACUCUCCCACCGAGCAGAGCGGGGACGUCAAUGGCACACAAGCAACGGUGGCGGAGAGUGUCCAGAGUCUGACGCAGCUUCUCUACAGCCUGCAGGCUGUGGUUACACUCCAAGACAGUUACUAUGAAGUCCAGAAAGUCCUCCGCAUGGAAGGACCACGUCCACAACCCCGCAUCGCCCUUCAAAACAACCAGGAUCACGAGAAACAGAGAAGCCUGGAGAGGAAGAGAGAGGACACGGAGAGGAAGGAUUCGGACCGGAGGAGGGACGACGUGGACGGGGUGCACAAGCUGCACGCCAGACUCAAGCAGGACCAGCAGCUGUGGGACCGGGAGUGCCUGGCCCGGGACAAGCAACAGACCCAGCACGAGCUGCUGCUUGAGCAGCGUGAGCAACAGUGCCACCUAGAGGCGGAGAGGCUGCGCUGCGAGCGCAAGGAGCUGGAUGCCCAGCUGCUGGAGUACCAGCAGAACGUGGACCGGCUGUGGGAAGGCCAGCGCAGCGUGGAGCGGGAGAAGGAGAGGGUGGAGGCCCAGCAGCUGCUGCUCCAGAGCUGGAAACACAGCCGGCAGAGCAGCCUGCCCGUCAUGAUCCCACUGGACGGAUACCAGGUGUCGGUCCACAGUCGCUCUGGCAGCCUGGACGGCAGCUGCUCCGUGCACGAGAACGAGGCGCCCCCUCUCCGGCCUCCCCCGCAGCAGAACAACCACCCCCACCACCACCCCCUGCUCGCACACCACCACCACCCCCUCCUCCACCACCACCACCACCACCACCACAGCAACCACCAGCACGAGAGUCCCCCUGCGGGGCCCAGGAAGCUCCAGAACAACGCUCUGCUCCACAGCCCCGGCCUCUACAACAGCCUCAACACACUCCUCAGCCAGGCACUCGCCAAGCCCCCGCUGCCGCUACCGCCACCGCCCGACAGACAUUCCAUAAUCUACGGUCGCAGCCGAUCCAUCGGCACGCCGGGGCGAAGCUCGCAGCUCCAGAACAACAACAACGGCGGCACUGACCUCAGCCCCCCGUUGGAGCGCGUCUCUCAGGGGUCGUGGAGGCCCGUGGUCACAGGUCUGGGGCUCUACGAGGACGACUACCCCUCCUCCGCCUCACUCACCCCCCUCCUCAGCCCUCAGGCCUACCUGGCUCUGGAUGGACAGAGCGGGGAGGAGGGCGAGGAGAACAUUGUGUACCUCUGAAUGUCUUGCGAGGACUGAUGAGAACGACUGGAAGCUAGCCCUAACAGGACGGGGUUAGUGGGUCUGGUGUGUGUGCGUGUAUGUGUGUGUGUGUGUGUACUGGUCUGUCAGAGUAAUAAUACAUUUGUGCCUUUUAUUCAUUUCUGUGCCAACUUGCCAUUUGGGUUAAAUGAUCAAUAUAAUCGUUACCUCUUGUGCCUCUAUAUCAAAACAAGUUCUAAGCAAAUCAGCUCUUGUGCUUGUGUCCAUGCAGUGCAAGUUAAAUGUUUCUUGUGACCUGUGCUGUUGCACUUAUCAGACUGCUGUUUCCUGUAACGUUGAUGUAGGGGGAACCAUAAGCACUUACUGCUAUAUAUUUAUAUGUACGCAGAAUAAUGAUAACAACAACCCUUUCCAGCGUAAACUUUCUAUAAUAAGUAUAUCCCUCUGUCAAAAUUCUGACGCAAUUCUUUAGGGCAGGAUAUUUAAGUUUGGAUGUACUCAUUUUAAAUAUAUGUAUAGUUAUGGGAAAAGGCUUACUACGCACAUGGUAUUGAAAACGGACAUAUUUGUAUCUUUAAAGCUUUUUCACCGUUAAAUGUCUAAUAUUAUAUUGUUAAAUACAAAUUGAAUAAAAAGACACCUGCAAUGUAACUAUUAUAAAGAAUCUUGAAGCUGAAA